AUGCGGACCUUGCCAUUUGAAAAAAUAAAAUGGGUAANACAAUCUCUCUCUACUACCCAGGUGCGAGCCAUCCGCAAGAAGAUGUGCGAGAUCAUCACCCGUGACGUCACCAACUCGGAACUCCGCGAGGUGGUCAACAAGCUGAUCCCCGACUCCAUCGCUAAAGACAUCGAGAAGGCGUGCCACGGCAUCUACCCGCUGCGGGAUGUUUGCAUCAGGAAGGUCAAGGUGCUCAAACGGCCGCGCUUCGAGAUCUCCAAACUGAUGGAACUGCACGGCGAGGGCGGCGGCGGCAAGCGCGGCGAGGCGGGCGAGAAGGGCGAACGCCCCGAAGGCUAUGAACCGCCCGUGCAAGAGAGCGUUUAAAAUAAAUAUAUUGUAAAAAGAA